GAGAAAGAAGGCCGCCGGAUCUGCACCGAACAGAACAAGAAACAACAAACAAACAAAGCAAACCAACAUAGAAACAAACAAACCAAAAAAACCCACACAAAACAAAAAACAAAGCCAGAUCAACGAAGGGAUGGUGAAGAUCCGAGGUGAAAGAACGGAGGUGAUGGUGGCGAUGGUGGAUCUGCAGAAGGGAGAAAAAUCAAGUUUUUUUUUUUCUGUUUUCUCCUUUUUUUUUCUUUUUUUCUUUUUUUGGGGUGGAGCCUCCAGCCCAACACCAGUUGGUUCCUUUUUAUAUCCUUCUCUCCUCUAGACUGUAUGGUUAUCCUUAAGACUUUUUAGGGUCCUGAUGCUGUUCGUGAGACGACCAUUCUGUAUAAGCUCAAGCUUGAAGAGAUUGUGACUACUAUUCCCACAAUUGAGUUUAAUGUGGAGACUGUGGAGUAUAAGAACAUUAGCUUCACCAUUUUGGAUUUUCUUUAUUGUUUCGGCCCAGGUAGAAGCACUUACUAAUCAGGAAGAAGUUGAAUUGCGUUCCAAGAUUGAGGCCCUUGGGUUGGAGGUUAGGAAAGUCCCUUCAAAAUCCAUCCAGAGCCUUGAUGAGUUAUGUCAUCCAAUCUUACAUCUGCCAUUACUAUUUCCUCUUUAGAAACAAUUUGAGUAUGGAAAUAAAUGUAGUGUCAUACAUGUUUGCUUUUAUUUUAUGACAGGGAAUCGGAUAAAUUUUGGGCAAAGCUGAAUGGUGUGGAUGAUAUGAUCUUCAGCCACAGCCUUAGAUGCAGAGGUGCAGUCUCUCUUGAGCAGUAGUGCCAAUUUAAGGAUGGUAGUUAUUACUGCCACUGCUGAUGAGC